AACUUUUCUACGUGAACAAAAAUAACCUACGUGUAAGUUAUCCUCUCUAUAAAGCCCUCAUCAAGUCUCUGAGUCCUUCAACGACUCAUAACUCAUAGCUAUAUCUUGUCUUAAAAAGAAGAAGCAAAGAGAAUUAGUGGAGUACGAUAAGCAGAGAAGUAUGUUAAAGGUGGUGUUGUUGAUGAUGAUAAUGAUGUUGGCGUCACAGUCCGAGGCUCAGCUGAACCGUGACUUUUACAAGGAAAGCUGUCCAUCAUUGUUCCUUGUCGUGAGACGAGUCGUGAAACGGGCCGUGGCCAGAGAGCCUCGCAUGGGUGCUUCUCUCCUUCGUUUGUUCUUCCAUGAUUGUUUUGUCAAUGGGUGUGACGGAUCCUUACUGUUGGAUGACACACCGUCUUUUUUGGGAGAGAAAACCUCAGGACCCAGCAAUAACUCUGUGAGGGGGUUCGAAGUGAUCGACAAAAUCAAGUUUAAGGUUGAGAAAAUGUGCCCGGGCAUCGUCUCAUGCGCAGACAUUCUAGCCAUCACUGCUCGGGACUCCGUUCUCCUCCUAGGUGGACCGGGGUGGAGCGUGAAACUUGGAAGAAGAGACUCUACGACGGCGAACUUCGCGGCCGCGAACUCCGGAGUCAUCCCUCCUCCGAUCACUACCCUUAGCAACCUCAUAAACCGUUUCAAAGCACAAGGUUUGUCCACACGUGACAUGGUCGCCCUCUCUGGUGCUCACACCAUUGGACGAGCCCAAUGUGUUACAUUCAGAAACCGAAUCUACAACGCAAGCAAUAUCGACACCUCUUUCGCCAUCUCUAAACGGAGGAACUGUCCUGCCACCAGUGGCUCCGGAGACAACAAGAAAGCCAAUCUUGACGUCCGCUCUCCCGAUAGGUUCGACCACGGCUUCUACAAGCAACUUCUGAGCAAAAAAGGUUUGCUUACGUCAGACCAAGUCCUCUUUAAUAAUGGUCCUACCGACUCGCUCGUCAUAGCUUACAGCCACAAUCUCAAUGCCUUCUACCGCGACUUUGCAAGGGCAAUGAUUAAGAUGGGAGACAUCAGCCCCCUCACCGGAUCCAAUGGUCAGAUCCGCCAAAACUGUCGGAGGCCCAACUGAAUGAUUCUCUUUUAUAUUAUCCCAAGCCCAUUGAGCUCAAUAAUCACCUCUUCGUCAACUGUUUUUUCAUGUGCAUUCCCCUUCUUCGUCAACUGUUAAAAUACAUCUUCAUUAUAUAAAAAACAAUAAACACGUAAAAGUUUGUGACUAUGCAGUUUUCCAUUAUAAAUUACUGUCUAUAUUCUCUUCUUAUUUUUUUUUUUUUUUUUUUCUCUUCUUACUUUGGCUGAUUGAAAGAAAUAAAACUUUUAAAUUUAGUUGAGUAGAUGAUUUGUUAUAAACUCU